AUGCUAGGGAAUCUUAGGAAAGUCAAAGUCAAGAAGGUGGAUGGGAGAGGAAAAAGAGCCUUUCAGCACAGAAUGAGGAAUUUAUAUGCAACGUCGAGCCUGGAUUUAUUGACAAGGGAAAGCGAAAGCUGGUGCGUAUGCGGGGUUAUUCCUAGAUUGUGGAAGGUACAACGGAUGGCCAAUCUCUACAUACGCCCGCUAGGUAUAUUCAUGACGUUCAUGCGUGUGUCUAAUCCACUCUAUUCUGGUAGACACAAAGCUAUCCUAUGUCAGAAGACUACAUUACGACCCCUCUGGCACGAAGGAACCUUCGAGUCCCUAUACGCUAUCUUCGAGUAUUUACAUGCACAUGAAGGGAAGGAAAUCCUCUCUGACCAAAAAGAAGACCUCAAUAUUGCACGCGCCAGUACAUUUACAAAAGCAGAUUUUAAAAUGUGGAAUUUCUAUGGACAGCGGAAUAUCUGGUAUUCACAUGGGCCUCACCCACCGUUCAUAGAAGAACGACCUUCGUGUCGUCUGCGGGUGGUCGUGAGUGGAUUAGAAGUCGAAGUAGAUGACCCAGCUGUUGAUAGCACCUCUCACUCAGUGGAUUUCUCGAUGCUAAACAGCAAAGAAAAAGGAAUAGAGUAUGCAAACCAUCGGCUCCCAAUAAUGUCCUAUCACUACCGUGCACUAAACCCGAUCCAGAAAAUUCCACAAGACAAGAUCACACAAACUUCCCAAAGAGCCGCUUCUAUUUUUAUCUACUUCAUUUUUCGGGUUGUCUCAGUCUCGCUCGGUCUUCACUCAACACCGCCACCCCAGCCCUCCGACCCCAAUCUCCUCAACCCCCCCCCGAUCAAGGCGCUUUGUUCAAUGCCGACAGAUACGAUCACCAAGUCUCUAAAAAUACGCAUCCCAUCAUGCCAAGCCGUUGGGGUCGGUAAAUGAGGAGGUCCCUGAGACAUGAAACAUGCGACCCUCCAAACCAUUUUUGUUGACCGAGACGUUCGGAGGUUCGUGUUGUCCUAGGAGAUUAGGAAAAUCGAAAUGCAUCGAAGAUGUGUCGUAUCUGCAGGUACAGAUGCAAGGAGAGGAGCAU